AUGCAUUUGUUAUUCAGGAUUUGCAUAUUAAUUAUAGCAUUUAUUAGAGGAAUUGUAGGUACUGGAAGUCUUGGAUUUUCUCUCAGUACUAGAAAAUUGGACGGAAAAUGCAAAAGUACGGAUGAUUAUGUAAGCGAUAUUUUAUUGAUAAAGGAUUAUUCACAAUAUAUUCGUGUUUUUUCAGUUAGUGAUUGCAAUUGUAUGCAAGAAAUUAUGCCUGCUGUAGUUUCAGAAAAAAUAAAAAUUAUUCUUGGAAUUUGGCCUGGCGGUAUUAAUACUCAGCAAUUUGAAAUUGAACAAGAGGUUUUGAGAAAAUAUUUGUCUAAAUAUUCCUCUUAUGUUUAUGCAAUUACCGUAGGGUCAGAAGUUCUUUAUCGCAAUGACUAUUCAGAUGAUGUUUUAGCUGACCAAAUUACGACUGUUCAGAAAUUAUUAAAGGAAUUGGGACUUAGUAAUAUUAAAGUUGGCACUGCGGAUACUUGGAACGUUUUCGCAUCUGAUAUUGCUAAUAGUGCUAUUAAGGCUUCAAAUAUUAUUUUUCUCAAUUUAUUUCCAUAUUGGCAAGGAAUGGCAAUAGAGGACUCUCCUAUUACAUUCUUUAGUGGUGUUUCUCGUGCUAUGGAAGUUUCUAGGAUAAUAAACAAUAAUCUUGAGGUGUGGGUUGGUGAAACAGGAUGGCCUACAGGUGGGAUUUCUUAUGGGAAUUCAUUACCAAGUGUAGAAAAUGCUGCUUAUUAUUGGGAAAAUGUUAUUUGCCCGUCUUUAUAUAAUGGCCUUAAUGUUAUUGUUUUUGAGUUAACAGAUGAGCCAUGGAAGGGCGAUGCUGUUGGGUUAACUGGUCAAAGUUCAGAUGUUGAAAAAUUUUGGGGUGUUUUUGAUAUUAGGAAAAAAAAAAAGUAUAAUUUAGAGUGUCCUAAAGAAUCUGAAAAAAAUAUACCUUCUAUUAAUAGUGUAGUUAAGAUUUCAUCGGAUUCUGAUUCUAAUGAUUUUAUUGGUUCUAAGGAUGACUCUGCUGAUUUUGAUUCAAAGGAUGACUCUGUUGAUUCUGAGAAUGAAUCUAACGAUACUGAUAAUAAUUUGAUUCCUGAUUCUGAUACUGAUCAAGUACCUCAAGAUACAGAUGAUAUAAAUAUAUCGUCUCGUGAAUCCUUUAUUCUUAAAAAUAAUAUAUUUUGCAUUAGUUUUAUUUUAUUUAUUUUUAUGAUUAUUUUUUAUCAAUUUUAUUAG